GUCAGUGACCACGUGGGCGUGGGGUGGUCCUGCCCCCACCUGGACUGCAUGCUCUGGCCUCAGGCACCCGAGUCUCUCCCGUGGGCUGGGCUGGGCACACAGUAGGAGCCUUGAGAGGGCUCGCUGGUGGCCAGAGGUGCUGCGGGAGCAGAGAACUCCUCCUCAGUAAUUCCACCAAGGCAGCAAAGAGGGAGGAAGGGGCUUGGGAAGUCCUUGAGUAACAGGACGAAAAGCGAUGGCGAUGGGCCUCGCUCAGAGCCGUUCAGAGGAGGAAGAGCCCGGAGUCCUUGCUGCCCUUCCCAGGGCCUGGCGUUCUCCCCCCUCCCGCAGUGAAGGUCACAUGAGAGGAGCAGCCCCCCCCCCCUGCAACCCCCACCGUCUUCAAGGCGUGGGAGUGGGGAGAACACAGCUGAGGGAGGGACCCCAGGAGAAGGAUUCGCGGCUGGGACCUGAGAGGCGGCGCGCCCCGAAGCCCAGCGCCGCGAGCGCUGGUGUCCUCGGAAGGGCGGAGCCGUCCCCGCACCGUCGCCUCUUCCGGAGCGGGAGGCCGCCUCGCGGACCCAGUUCGCAGACGGAGAAACGGGGAACCCGGACACCGCCAGCACUGCGCACCGCCGAGCGGCAGGCGGAGAGGGAGAGAGGCUGGGACUUCACGAGAGCAACGGCUCACGUUGACCGAGCUCUUACCCGGGUCUGGGGCUUUCCGAGCCUCCGCCCCGGCGAUCCCUGCACCCGCUCCGCAGGCGCACGAUUCUGUCAGCCCGCUCUCCAGCUGAGGAAGCCGGGUUUAGAGGGAAGGGCCCUGCUGCGCGUCACCCAACAGCCGGGCGCGGGCCACUGCACCGUGCCGCCCUUCUCUGGACCGCACUGGGCUUGGGGGUGCUGAGCAGCGCGGAGGCCUGGGGCUUCCCGGCCGCGUGGCGCAGCGGGGGAGCUUUGGGUGGGGGGCGCGCGCGCUACCCUGGCCCGGCCUCCCCCGCGCCGCGCCGCAGCUGCCCCCGCGCCGCCACCAGAUGGCAGCAGACGCUGUGCGAUCGCUGCGUCGGGAGGGAGCUCACGGCCAGGCCAAGGCCGGAGCAGGGUCUGCAGGGCCCACCUGCAGCGCGCCCCCGGAAGCGGGCCUCCCGCCCGGGCUGCGCCGGACCCCGCAGGUGGCACAGGCCGUGGGGGAGUCGGCUGGGGCCCGCAGCUGGUCCUCCAGCGACCGCCUCACGCCGCUCCAGGCGCGCGUGCUGAUUGGCUGUGGCCGAGGCCCGGAUGCUGGAGGAGCGAUCGCUCCCGCGGGCGGGCGGCGGCCGCAGGAGAGGGCCGGCUGCCCCGAGUGCGCCCUCUAGCCGUUCACACUUCUCUCGCUCUGCUGCCGCCCCACCUCCACGAGGGGACUGUCACCUCACUGGACCCCCGAGGGAAGUGUGGCCUGGAUAGGCCCAGGCUGAGAACUCGGUGGCGGAUGGCCCGGAGGGACCCUGUGCAGGGUCUCCACGCCCUGAGGCCUGGGCCG